AUGCCGCUGCUUCAGAAAUUGAAGUUCAAACAGAAACUUUUGUCUUCUGCAGUGGAGUCGAUCUCUACCAAGGAAUUGUUAAACCGUCUUCAGAAGCUCUCUACGGAACUCUCUACCGCGGACCAGGACAAGAUCAACAUCGCCUCCUUCGACGCCGUCAAGGACCAAUUGUUCAAUAAGAAGCUCUUGAAACACACGAACCAGGGCGUGCAGGCAUUCACCUGUUGUUGCUGUGCCGACAUUUUGCGCCUCUACGCCCCAGAUGCCCCCUUCACGGCGCCCCAACUCAGCGACAUCUUCAAAACCAUCUUCUUGCAGUUACGGCGCUUAGAGGAUGCAGAGAACCCGUACUACCAGCAACAGGUCUACCUUCUCAAAAGCUUGGCCGAGGUCAGGUCCGUGGUGCUCAUCACCGACUUGCCGGACGCCGAAAGCCUCGUCGAAAAGGUGUUUACCACCUUGUAUGAGCUCGCCUCUGCCAACUUCCCAGCUAAGCUUGAGCCCUUGGCAGCGGACAUUCUCUCCGAAAUCAUCUCCGAGUCCGAAACCAUCCCUCACAAAGUGUUGACAUUGGUGUUGAACAAGUUUUUAUCCAGCGAAACCAGUCUCUCCAAUGUUUCAAACCCUGGGUUCAAGUUCACGCUCGCCAUCUGUAACAUGAAUAUGGACCGGAUGGCGCGACAGAUUGCCCAGUACUUUUCCGAGAUCAUGUACGAAAACACCAACCUGGAGGAAAUCUCCGACGCCCAGACCAUUGCCCAGCUCGGGAAGAUCCACGACUUGUCGCUCGCCAUCUGGAAGCACGUGCCUGAACUUCUCGGGUCGGUGAUGGGCCUCAUCGAUGACGAGUUGCUGGCGGAGAACGAGAAGAUCAGAGUCCUUGCCACCCAAACCCUUGGUCAGAUAAUCGGCCAUUCACCGUCCAGGGUCAACUUCACCACUGAGCACUCCGAAACCUGGCUCAACUGGAUGAAAAAAACCUUGGACGUGAGCCCACGCGUGCGCGCCGAGUGGGUCAAGCAGGCCGCCAAUAUGGUGCUGAUGGUGUCAACCAGCCACCUUCCAGAGGAGAUUGUCCACGGGAUUAGCAAGUGCUUGCUCGACUCCGACGAAAGAGUGCGGUUUGCCGCCUGUAGGGCCAUUGCACGGGUGCCAUCAGCCAAGCUCGUGGCCACGGUCUUGGCUACCGACAAAACUUUGCUCAAAACGCUUGCUCAGCUCAUUAGAGAGCGUCACCCCGAAAUCAGAACCACGGUUGUGCAGGUUUUAGCCACAUUGUACGACGACUGCUUCCCGAAGUUGUUCCAGGGCGACGAAUCCCUAGACGCUUUGGUCGGCUGGAUCCCCGAGCAAAUUUUGAACUUGAUCUACAUCAACGAUAGAAAUAUCAACAGUCUUGUGGACAUGGCGGUGUUCGAAAAACUCUUGCCAACCGAUGCAAACGCUGAAACCCGUGUCGCGAGACAGUUGCAGGUGAUGAGACACUUAGAGCCAAAGGCCAAGCAGGCAUUCAUGGCCAUCUCUAAGCGCCAGCAGCAGCUUGCGGGCGUUUUAACAAAGCUCGUCGAGUUUAGCGAGUCGUACAAUGGCGGGGCCGAAACCGCGGAAGAAGACAACGUCAAGACGUUGCAACAGAUCGACACGGUCAACAGGUGGCUCUGUGCUUCGUUACCCGAGAAUGGCAAUGCGUAUGAAACUUUGGACCUGUUUGUGAGGCUCAACAACCGCAGAUGGUACAAACUCAUCCGCUUGGCCAUUUCGUCUGAGAGUGACUACGACACCAUCGCCAGCUCCAUGAAAGAGCUUUUUGCCAAAAUGAGCGAGAUCAAGGGCAAGAAGGGUGGCGCUGACAUGCUAUCCACCUUCAAACUCUUGUUAUACCGUGCGUCCGUCGUUUUGUACAACAAGUCGAACAUUUCCAGUGUGGUUGCUAUGUCCAAGGCCCGGGGUUCAUUCCAGGAGGCCGCCGAUGAGUGGUUGGAGCAAGCGUCAGUGACCAACCCGUCGGUCUUCAAGUCCCAUGUACAAACAUUGUACGGAUUGGUGCUCACCGAGACGAGCGUGGCAAAGUCGUUGAAAACAGUUUUCAGAUAUUGUAAGAAGUUUCUGGAACAACCUCCACGGGAAGUGACGGACAAGUUGCUGAGUUUGGCGAUCUCUGGGACCCCGCAAGAAGCAAAGUACUCCAUCAAGAUUUUGGGCUUGCACUCCGACACAAAGCCCCUCAUCCAGGACGUUUUUGAUCUGAUCUACCCUCUCAAUGCCAAGAGCCCGAAGUUUGUCACCCACUUGUCGUCCGUCGUGCAAAUGUUUCUUGAAUCGCCACUGGUGUUGGUGUACGAUGCUGAGGAGCUUACAUCGUUUCUCAUCAAGAAUAUCUUGUUAACAAAUACACGCGGUGCGGUGGACUCAGACCCCGAAUGGAUCAGCGACGAGGCCUUGGAGACGGGUAGCGAGCCUGAACUAAGCGCCAAGCUUUACACGUUGCGUUGUUUUGUCAACCGCUUAAAGUCUUUGGAGACCAGCAGUCAUGGGAGUGUGUCGGGGCCUGUGUUCAAGCUCUUUUCAACGCUCAUUGGCAGCGGGGGUGAGAUUGUGAACCAGAAAACGGGCUUGCCAACUCCGAAGCACUACCAAUCACGCUUGCGUCUCGCGGCCGGGUUGCUGUUACUAAAGUUGGCAAAGUUGCCGGUUUACAGCAACAUGGUGAACCCGCAAACGGUCAACCGGUUGACGUUUGUGGUCCAGGACCAAUCCGAGAACGUCCGUCGGGAGUUUAUCACAAAGGCGAAGAAGUACCUCGCGUCUGAAGUGGUUUCCGAGAAGUUCCUUCCAUUGAUUUUCUUUAUGGCCCACGAGCCAAACACGGAGGUGAGGGACGACGUGCAGACCUGGGUCAGAUCCUUCAGCACCCGGUGUGCCAGGAGUAAGGAUGUCAAAUUCGAGAGAACGUUGGUGAGGCUUAUCCAUAUGAUUGCCCACAACCAGGAGUUUGCAGACUUGGUGAGUGUUGAAGCCACGCUACUCAAGGGCUUUUCCUAUGCUUUGGAGUAUAUUGCCUUUUAUAUCAACUGCAUUGCUACCCAGCAGAAUAUCUCCUUCUUGUUCUAUCUCGCGAGCAGGGUGAAACAGUACCGCGAUAACACCAUCGACGAGAGCCUUUACGACCAAGCCGUUGCUCCUGAGAGCGUUUUGAACCUUUACAGAGUGGCAGAGGUGGCUCAGAUGGUGGUGAAGGAGCUUCAUGAUGCAAAAAACUGGACGUUAGAGACGUACCCUGCAAGGAUCCAGCUCACAGCGGACUUGUUUGCCCCCAUGAAGAGUGUGGAAGAAACCAAGCGUAUUGUAUCGACCGUAUUUGUUCCGGAAACCGCCCAGGCUGAGUUGGCCAAGUUGAUCAGACACAAGUUGCAACUGGCGCCAAAGCGAAAGGCUGCUCCAAGGGUCAAGCCUGCGGUUAAUCCCGGUACCCCAAAGGCAAAAUCUACGCCCGUGAAGAGAACCAAGUCUCCGAAAUCGAAGGUUGCUAAGAAGGCUAAGGUGGCAAUCAAUCCGGAGGAUCUUCGUAAAAGUUCUCGUUCAAGAAAUAAUGUUAGUUAUACGGUGAGUGACUCCGAAGAGGAAGAGACCUCUGAUUUUGAAUAA